GGCGAAAAAUCUUUGUCGUAUUUUAACUAGUUAGUUACAGGUCUCUAGCAUUGAUUGUUUAUUGAUAAAAGACAACUGACGUGUUGUAAGUGAACAAUAACUGCUGAUGGUUGUUAGAUUAUCUGACAAGAAAAGCAGAUUCUGUUUUUGUUUUGAUCAGGCAUCACACGAUUCGUUUCAGUUCUGUAAGGUUAACGUUACAUUGUUGCCAGAUAUAGGUUAAAUAUUUUACCCAACAGUAAUAUUUGCUAGAUAUGUGUGAUCAAACAUUUUUGCAUGUUUGCUCAGAUCAGUAAAUUACAGGUGCCAGUAGGCCUAUUGGAUGACAUUUUGGGCAGUUAUCAAACAAUGUAAUUUUGGCUUGCUUAAUAGUGAAGCUCUCAUCAAAACAGCCCUUGAUUGUUUUCUACAAUGAAUAAUUUAUUUUAUGGACAAUUAACAUAGCUUUAUCCUUCAAACGACGAUGGCUAGAAAAAAAACUAAACGACGCUGGCCUUGUUGAGCACCAUUUUCUGCGAGCUAUGAUCCGUCAUCCGUCCAAAUGUAAUGGUCUUUCUUUACAAUCUAAUAAUGUUUAAUUGGCUUUAUGUCUGGGUAUUUAGCUAAGAUAUAUCGAUUUUGUAAAGUCAUUUCGGUUGACAGUCCCGUCAUUGUAACGUUAGCUGAUCAAUAUAUAAUCGAAUCAGUAUUGACAUUGUCUUGUUUACGAGUCGUUUACAUGUGUCAAGUUUGCCAGUUCGCUACAGACAGGCCUACUUCUGUUUUCCACCCGUGAGUCAUUGGGAAAAUAUAUUAAACAAUGGGGAAAUGUUUGUGGUAAAAAUGUAUUCCCAUCUUAAAGUAGUAAAUAUUGUAGUUGCUAACUAGUUAUUAUUGUUAUAUUUUUGCAUUUGUGUUUUCCUCCCUAACAAAGCUGUGAUGUAGUGGUAAUUGAAUUACUAAUAUAAUCCAAGCUCUCAUUAACACUAGUUCUUAAAAACGUGUAUUGUAACCUUUUACACCGAGGUAUCAGAAUGUAGACAUUAUAUUUUCUCACGUCUAGUUAUUUAAGUUUGCCUGAAAGGUUCAGACGGCAUGACUUGAAUUGUUUUGUUUUUGUGCUCCUGCAGCCUGAGCCAGCUCCUCGAUUGGUCAACCUGUUACUACCCGGAAACUGGUAGGGGGCGGGACUAGAUAAGCAGCUGAUCGAGUGACAACAAACCCUGCUUGCACAGGAUGGGGGCUGGGAAUUGACCGAAUGUACUAGUUAGUAGCUAGGCCUAUCGGUUUUAAAGAGGGGCUCACCUGCGAUAUGAAAUCAAUCCAGUGGAAAUUAAUCAUUGUGUCUAUUUGUCUCUGCAUAUAAUCUGCAGAAUGGCCCUGUCUAAUUUCAAAAUAUGUUUUAUUUUGGUGUAAAAUGCAUGCUGUUAAAUUUGAGUAAUAUUUUACACUAUAGGCCAUUUUUGGAGAAACCAUUCGAUUUUGUUGUUACAGACGGUUGGUGUUUAAAAAAUAUAUAGUGUCCUAAUCUCAUGAUGUGUGUGAGAGAGAGAGUUUUCUGAUUCAUGAUCACUCUAUAUGUCAGAAUAGGAGCAUUUCAAUGUAAAAAUAAAUUAAUAGAAGCAUGUCAAAUUGGGUGCCAAAUCAAAGCUAAGAGUCUUAUUUUAGAGAAAUGAAGGCUACCAUUUUCCAUCCCACAAAUUAGGAAUAAGCAAAGGCUUUGAUUUCUGGUCAAACAGAUGGAAAAGUGGUCUAAGAAAACAUCUACCAGAAAAAGUAUAUUAAGGUAUUAAGAAUACAUCAAAACACAAUAAUGUUGAAGUAAAGACCCCUGCCAACUAAUAUCAAUAAUUAAAUUUAGUUUUGUAAAAAUGAUUUGCCUUCUGUAAGUUUAAGAAAUAUUGUCAUUCUGUUACCAAAACCCCACAUAUAUUUAAGAUACUUUAAUUUCUCUCCCUUAUGAGGAGGGAAUAUAAUAAAACUUCAGAGGUAACAAGUAAAGGUUUACCUACCAAUUAGUUGUUUUUACUGAUAAGUUUGUUUAUGAAUUAUUAAGUGAUUAAAACUCACUGAAAAUCAGUAACAGAAUGGCUGCAAUUGAAUUGGCUACAAUGGGAAAUCCUAGUAGUCACAAACCACAGCUACCUGCUACUGUCCUCUCUUCCACUUAGGUGGUGGGCCGAAGCAGAAAAGAGGGAAGUUGAUGGGUCCCCGUCGAGCACCGUAUGAAGGAGGUGUAUGGAAGGUACGAGUAGACCUACCGGACAAAUACCCCUUCAAGUCUCCAUCUAUAGGAUUCAUGAAUAAAAUCUUUCAUCCUAAUAUUGAUGAAGCGUCAGGUACAGUGUGUCUAGAUGUCAUCAACCAGACAUGGACAGCCCUGUACGACCUGACCAACAUCUUUGAGGCAUUCCUGCCCCAGCUGCUGGCCUACCCCAACCCCAUCGAUCCUCUCAACGGAGACGCUGCUGCCAUGUACCUGCACCGACCAGAGGACUACAAACACAAGAUCAAAGAGUAUCUCCAGAAGUAUGCGACAGAGGAGGCUCUAAAGGAGCAGGAGGAGGGAGGCGACUCCUCAUCUGAGAGUUCCAUGUCAGACUUCUCCGAGGAUGAGGCUCAGGACAUGGAAUUGUAGUGAAGGGGAGACAACCCCCACUCCCCUCACACACAGACUAUAAUUUCCUAAAGAGCAGAAAGACUAUUAUAUACAUAUAAACAUGGCCAUUUUUUUUAUUACUAACCAAGGAUUUUUAUGGAUUGUAUGUAUGAGAAGCGGCGGUGUGAAAUGUGAAAAUGUCACCCUCGUCUAGAUAUUCUUUAUAAUUCAGUCAUAGUCCCCCUCUACCACCACCUCCACCUUUACCUCCACCACCACAACCACAUUAUUACCCCCUCUUACCCAGAAAGGAGUGCAGCAUUCCCAGGAUCCUAAAUUCCCUCUGCUGUGGUCUGGGUCGUAUUCUCAUCGACCGUUGACCCACUAUCCACGGGGUAGGCAGAAAGCGGAUUUUUCAGUUUUUCAGGGAUACAAUAUUUUCAACAUAACUUCCGUUUCCCCUUAAAAACGGAUGUGGGGACUCAGCUCAGGCGCCUGCUACAUUAGGUUACCUUUGACCCAACCCUGAUAGAACUGAUGGGUUGAGACCAGAGAGCAGUGCACCAUGGGAAGACAAGAGUGUCAGACUGUCAUUGUCAUGACGGAGACAGGGAUGGAAUGUUUAUAUUCAGUAACCCGGCCACCCCCCACUCUAGUUUGAUUUUUAAUUCUCAGAAUUGUUCUAUAUUUGAUUAAGUGUGUGAAUCACUGUUUUGACAGGCACAGCUUUUUACCCUCCCCUUGCUCUCAGAGAAGCUCUCUGGCUCUAGUGCACGGCCCACUGUUUCUGGAGUCAUUACCACAAUAAGGAAUCACACUUUGAGAUGCAAUUUCACUUGUUGACUUUCUACAUUUUGGGGGUUGGAAGCUACCAUCAGGACCACCACAUGAUCACUCCUUCCCAAGGAUCAGUUAGUGGGUUUCAUCCAGACCAAUCCAAUAUGGCUGCCAUUGACCUCUCUGUCAGGCCUCACCCCAGAGGCCAGUAUAUCCUAUCCAACCACCACACCCUGUUUGUCAUAGAAACUGUUCUCUAAACAAGCCUUUUACCCUGUAGUCAGGAGCACCAGCGCACCAACCAAGAGACACCUUACCACACCUCUUCACACCAGAGUUGAAAGGGGUGUUGAAGGUGGACUGAACAUCAUUUAUUUUCUCUUUCUUUUUUCUCCUCUCUGCUCAGUGACUCCUUCAGAGGCUUGCUACUUGUUGUUUUCACAAAGGGAGGGUAGGAGUUCUCUGAUGUGUCUGUGUGAGAGAACCAAUCUUAUGUUUUCAGACCCAACUGAUCCCAAUGGAAGCGAACCAGACUACUAGAGCCAUAGUAGUUUGUCAUCCUCAGUGACAACCCUAACACACAACACAACAUGAAACAACACACUGUUGUCGCUCUGGAGGAGAGAACCACAGAGACUAACUACUGUCAUUCCAGGAGCUGUCUGUCACUAAACAAACUCACAUAAUCAUGCACCAGUCACUCCUUUAGCCAUCCUCUUCCUCCUAGUUAUCCUCUUCAUCCGCUUUCUCCUCCUCUUCCUCCUCUCCGUUUUAGGAAAGUGUUUGUGAUUCUCCAAGCAUCCUUUGGUACCUUGUGACAUGAUACAGAAGUGAAGUUGUGUAGGACAUUGAGUUUAUAUGCUGUAGAAAAAGAGAAAAGACACCUCUUGUGUGAUGGAUGGGUUUCUAUCUAGAUGUCAGCAGUGUCCAGUCGUAUCCACACUGAGGGCCAGUAUAUGGCCAGGUUUCAUUCCUUCCAAGCACUGUUUGGAUUUCUGCCUUCAUAGAAGACUAUUAUUAGUUGAAUCAGGUGUGUUAGUGCUUGGUUGAAACAGAAGCCUGGAGCCAUACGACUGGCCCUCUGUAGAUAAGACUGGACAGUCCUGAUCUAGGGGUUGGGUUGGAUUGAGUAGUUGUGUCGGGCAGGGCAGGGCUGGGAGGUUGGAAGGCUACCUUGGGACGUGUUGGAUGGAAUAGGGAGUGACAUGGGGUGGGAUGGGGAAGGAACAAACCAGGUCCUUGUUGCCUGUUGCUUAUGUUAAACUAUAAUAUGUGUAGUUUAGGGCUUGUUAGUGUGCUGUGUGGUGAGUCAUAAUUAUAAUCUAUAGUUUUAUUUCUUCUAUCAUCCUGUAAAGGUGAACAGAUAAAUACAUUUUGUUUUAAUUUGAGUUGACUUCUUUUUUUCUCCUGGUUUGAAUCUGAUCCUCCAAAGACAUGUUGCAUCCCUGUCUCCUCUCCCUUAUGAAAAUACCCCCCUCUGUCUGUAUUCUCAGUUCAGUGUGCAGGUGGACUCAUCUAGCCUGGGUGUCUGGCUGUCUGCUGUAGCCAACUCUUUUGUCGUUGUUCUUAUGUAAAUUUGGUUUAAAGCAGAAAUGCAGAAAUCACUGUCUGAUAUCCAGGCUAGAUGAGUGCACCUACAUACUCAGACUGGCUAGCAGACAGUGUUUUUGGUUUUCAGCCUGUGUGAUCACUAACUCAGGAGCAGCACAUUGGGAGUGUUCCACGAUUUUUCUCCCUUACUAUUGUCAUCAUUAAAAUGCUACUCAUCAACCUACACAGGGUGUCCCAUUCCUGCCACAGUAAACUAUAUGUGCCCAAACCUAUCCCAAUGUGCCCAAUUCUAUAUCCUAUCCUCAUCUGUGUGCUUAGUUAUAUAAUAUCCUAUAGGUCACAUUCUGAUUGUUUCAGAUAGAAAUUGGUCAUGGUUGUCUGUUCCACACGAGAGGAUCUUGUCCAUUCUGUACAUGACAGAUCUAUUUAUGAUUUUCUUAACAUUGUGCAUCAAUUCAAUAUGCUACUAGUGAUGUAAGUGAAAGGUCUAGGUCCUAGACUGAAGGAGCUGGUUGCAUAUUACUGGUUUAAUGACGGGGACUCUUUGCACUAAGCAGAUGUCAGAAUGCUUCGAAACACUGUCAUAACAUGUGGUAAGACUGACAUAAGCCUGUUACAGAAGUGUACUGGCCACUUGUCUUGGGUCAGAUGAGAAGAGCUGUAUUUCUUUAAGAAAACCAAUCUCUUUCAUUGGGGACAUUCUAGUCAUAAACAUUAGAAUUUAAUCACAAUUGAGUUAAUCCCUUUGUUUUUCUUUUCACAAAAUGCAACAACUGUAAAAUGUAUAAUGUUGGCAAUUAAUAUUUAACGUAUUAGGUUUCAGGUUUGAAGUUACAGAAAACAUACCGAACCCCCACCUCAUCCCUACAUUCUGAUGCUAUUGUUGCUACUUGUCUGUAAUUUGUAUUUUGCCUCCAUUAAACUAAGAACAGGAGAGUCAAAGAGA